AUGGCGACCUCGAAGAAGAUCACGCAGAGACUGACCCGCGAGAGCUUCAAGCAGUGGCUCCAGGGCCUCGACGCCUUCCUCUUCGACUGCGAUGGAGUGCUGUGGCGUGGAGCCGCCCCGAUCGAGGGCGCUGCCAACAUGAUCAGCCUCCUGCGCUCGCUCAACAAGCGCGUGGUGUUUGUGACCAACAACGCCACCAACAGCCGUGCCACCUACGUCAAGAAGCUUGCUUCGCAGGGCAUCACCGCUGUUGAGGCCGACAUCGUCACCUCGGCGUGGGCGACCGUGCAGUACAUGAAGCAACACAAGAUCGAGGGCAAGGUCUACAUGGUGGGCGAGGCCGGUCUCCAGACGGAGCUGGAGCUGGAGGGCUACCAGGUCAGCGGCAUGGAGCACAGCGACAUCAAGGGCCUGCCGCACGUGCCGGAAAUCGACAUGGAGACCAAUGCGGUUGUCUGCGGCCUGGACCGGUACUUCUCGUACUACAAGAUGGCCUACGCCACGGCCUGCGUCCGUCAGAUCCCGGGCUGCCACUUCAUUGGCACCAACCCUGACCAGACGUUCCCGACGGACGGUGCUAUCAUCCCUGGUGGUGGCUCCCUUGUGCACAUGCUGGAGUGCGCCAUCGGCCACCCCCCUGAGGCCGUGUGUGGCAAGCCUUCGCAGGACCUGCUGCAGACUAUUCUUGCCACGUACAACCUGGACCCCUCACGCACGUGCAUGGUUGGUGACCGCCUCUCCACGGACAUCGAGUUCGGCAACGCCGGUGGCCUGAACACGUUGCUGGUGCUGACUGGAGUCACGCACGGGUCGGAGCUGGGCAGCAUCGAAAACGUUCACCACGUGCCUGACCACUACAUUGACUCGGUUGAUGUUAUCAACCAGCUCCACGCCGAGACGCUCGAGAACUAAAGUGGCCGCUCACGUGAUGUGAUGAGCUCGCGCGAUCAGUUCGAUUAGCGUAGGAUAGGAGUUUGAUCA